GAAGACAGAACUGUUUUCAUAAUUUAGGCAUUUGUGUGAAUCUGUUAAGAUUAUGGCCCACAGUAUUCAGAGACAAAGUGAAGUGGCAACUGUAUGGGACAGAGAUUUUGAUUCAUAUGAAGAAAUUCGAAUAGUACUGAUUGGAAGGACAGGAAGUGGAAAGAGUGCAUCUGGAAAUACAAUUCUUAAUCGAAAGGCUUUUGAGUCAGUCUGCUCUCCACUCUCUGUGACGUCAACAUGUGACAAGGCCAAAGGAAAGGUGGAUAGAUGGAAGGUCGCGGUCAUUGACACACCAGGAAUUUAUGAUACAAAGUACAAAGAAGAACAAGUGAUCCUAAAGCUGAAAGAAUGCAUCUCUCUCUCCUCUCCUGGGCCCCAUGUGUUCUUGAUUGUGAUCCAGUUGUGCAGAUUCACAGAGGAAGAAAAGAAAACUGUUGAACUCCUGCAGCAGGUGUUUGGUAAAGAAGCUGCAAAUUACUCAUUGGUUCUCUUCACUCAUGGUGACCAGCUUGGAGACAGAAGAAUUGAAGAUUUUUAUAGUCAGAGUCAACACCUUAGCCAUUUGAUUGCAAAAUGUAAUGGGCGAUGUCAUGUCUUCAAUAACAAUGUUCCCAAUAACAGUCAGGUACCUCAGUUGCUUGCAAAGAUAGAAAGUAUGGUCUGUUAUAAUGGAAGAACAUUUUACACAAAUGAAAUGUUCCAGAAAGCUGAGAGAGCAAUCCAAGAACAAGCAGAGAGGAAUAUGAAGGCCAGUGCUGAGCAACAACACAGAGAAGAAGAAAAACUGAGGGCUACACUUAAAGGAGAACUGCUGGAGGAAGAGCUAAAGCUUCUUCAGAAAUCAUAUGAAAGACAAUCAAGAGAAAUGGCAGAGAAGAAAAAUCCAUUUGUUAAUCCUGGAAUAAUCCUAGCAGCCGCUGAAGUGGGUGCUGCAAUCGGGGUUUCUGCCGGUGCUGCAGGAGGUCCGCUUUGCAUAGGCAUGGGAGCAGUGGUGGGUGGAGUUGCCGGGGCUGCAGUGGGAUUCUUGUUACCAGCAGCAGCAAAAGCUCUG